ACCAGUUCUUUUUCUUCUUUCUUCUUCUUCUGUUCUCUGUUGCAGUCUCUCUUGGUUGUUGUUUUGGGAUUCAGUGACUCUUCUUGUCUCUUUAAUAAUUGUUGCUGAAGCCGUGACUCAUGAAGAUGCUAGUGGCAUUGCUGUUGCUGCUGGCAUUGUGCAAUGCCAAUAAAGUUACUGUUGAAGAAAGUGAUGGACAGUGUGAUUAUAACUUGAUAUUGGAACCAAGACCCCACAGUGUGUCAAUUCUAGAGUUUGGUGCUGUUGGUGAUGGAAAAUCAUUGAAUACACUUGCCUUCCAGAAUGCCAUUUUCUAUCUCAAGUCCUUUGCUGAUAAGGGUGGCGCUCAGCUGUAUGUACCGCCUGGGAGGUGGCUCACUGGAAGUUUCAAUCUCACCAGCCACCUCACUCUCUUCUUGGAAAAGGGUGCUAUCAUCUUAGCAUCUCAGGAUCCAUCUCACUGGGAUGUUGUGGAACCAUUACCCUCGUAUGGUCGAGGAAUCGAACUUCCUGGUCGAAGAUACAGAAGUUUGAUAAAUGGUUAUAUGUUGCAUGAUGUGGUAAUAACAGGUGAUAAUGGAACCAUUGAUGGUCAAGGCUCAAUUUGGUGGGAAUGGUUCAAUUCCCACAACUUGAAAUACAGUCGCCCUCACCUUGUGGAAUUUGUAACAUCAGAAAAUAUUGUAGUUUCAAACCUUACUUUCCUAAAUGCCCCUGCUUAUAACAUACACCCUGUCUAUUGCAGUAAUGUGCACAUCCAAAAUUUAUCAGUUUAUGCCUCACCAGAAUCCCCUUAUACUGUUGGUAUAGUCCCAGAUUCUUCCAAUAAUGUAUGCGUUGAGGACUGCAACAUUGCAAUGGGGCAUGAUGCUAUUGCUCUUAAGAGUGGCUGGGAUGAGUAUGGCAUUGCUUAUGGUAGACCCACCACAGAUAUACAUAUAAGAAAGGUUCAUCUUCAAUCAUCUUCAGGUUCUACUAUUGCCUUUGGAAGUGAAAUGUCUGGUGGCAUUUCUAAUGUAUUGGUGCAGAAGGUCCACCUUUACAACUCAUUGAAUGGUGUUGAGUUCAGAACAACCAAGGGCAGAGGUGGUUAUAUUAGUGAGAUUUUCAUAUCAGAUGUUUAUUUACAGAACAUCCACAUGGCAUUUGGUGCCAGCAGUCUUUCAGGGACCCAUCCUGAUGACAACUUUGAUCCAAAUGCUCUCCCAAUUCUAGAUCAAAUCACCUUGCAAGAUAUCAUCGGCGAAAACAUUACUAUAGCAGGAAAUUUCACAGGAAUACAGGAAUCUCCCUUGACCAAUAUAUGUUUAUCAAAUGUCUCCUUAUCAAUCAAUUCUGCCUCUUCCACUUUUUGGUCUUGUUCAUAUGUUCAUGGAUUUUCGAAGUUGGUCUCCCCUGAGCCUUGCCCUGAACUUGAAAGCUCAUAUUCUUCCUCCUCAACUUGCUUUUCUCUUGUUAAUUCCUAUGGUAGAGCCUCAGCAUUAUGAUUACUAUUCUUCGUACUAAAAUCCCCAUUGGAAAUUCAUAUUCUAUGACCAUUUUACCAUCUCAAUAAAUUAUGCCAGAUUCUUUCCAAUAAGACACACGUCCAGAAUACUUGUUUCUUCAUCAUCCUAUAUGCCCAUUUUCGCAUGUUUCACUAUCGUCAGAUUACAUGUACAGCUUCAUAUCUUCAUUCAUGUUUAAGGAGAUUUUUCGUAGUGAGGGCUCAAUCAACAUAAAUUGAAAUCCUUAAUUGAUGAUUAGGCUUGGUGCAGUACAGUUUCCAUUGUAACAUCUUUUAUUUGAUGUGGACUGAAAUGCUAGGUUGAAAUGGAAGAUAAAAAUGUUCAAGUUCAA